UCUUCUAAGAAGAAUGUUUGUAGCUGACAGAGCCUCAAUAAAGUGUUUGUGCCAUAACGUCCUUGAUUUGUGUCAAGCUGAGUAAAUUUCUCCUUACGCUUAAGGGCGUGCGGUUGAAGUUUUUUUAUUUUAGAACCGGUGAUAUUUUUUGUCCCUUUAAUUAUGCUGCUUGAACUGUUAGGUUAAUUUUAUCGCUAAAAAGUAUAAGGAUAACGUAAUAAAGUUUAAAAUCUGUUAAAUGGUUUAUAGUUGUUUAGAACUGAAUAUGAACCGAAAUUUUCUCGAAGGGCAUAAUACGAAUUGUAUUUCGCCUUUAAAAAUUUCAAGAACUACAUGCAAAAUGUUACAUUUAUGUUAUAUUUCUCUAGAAUUCAAUGCAUCAUCUAGCUUUAAGAAAUUAUAAACUGUAAAUAUAUAAAGUAUCGUCUGCUAUAGGAAAUAUUUUUGAAGAUGGCUGCUAAACAUCCCGAACUGAUAUAUUGUUGUGACUUGUGUGGUGAAGAAGUGCAUUCUGAGCAAGAAAUGCGAUCUCACACAUUAGUCGCUCACAUCGAUGGCGCUUUAUCAUGCCCAUUUUGUGACUUGGGUGAUAUAACUGCCGAUGAAAUGGUGUAUCAUGUUAAUUCUACUCAUUUAACUUUUCUGAGUCCCACUGAAGAUAAUAUUCCGUUCACUGUUUCUUCCAGCGACUCUAUGGACGAUGUUUCUUUAUGCAGCAAUGGCUUACCUGACAAUUAUGCAUCAGCUUCUGAAAGUUCGCCUCAACGAGCUAAUUUAUCUCUUAAUUUAAAUCCUGGUAGACUUAAAAAGGAAUUAAUAAGCCCAAGAGGAAAUGAUCAUUCUGUUUGCCCUUUAUGUGAUUAUUCUAAUAAAUCUCCAACCAAACUCCAAGAACAUGUCAACAGGCAACAUUUUGAUCUCACAAGCCCAUCUUUUCCAGAAUUUUUGAGUAAUAAUGGUAGUAGUCCUUUCCUUUGCCCACUGUGUGACAGAAAUUUUGAUUCCAGUCGUGAUGUUGAGUUGCAUGUAAAUGUUGAUCACAAUGAUGUUCUUAGCCCAGCAAAAUCAACUCAAGCCACACCAGGUGACGAAAAUUCCAACGAUUGUUGUCCUGUAUGCGGUUGUUCUAAUUUUGAAUAUAGUUUGGAAUUAGCAUCGCAUAUUGAGGAGCACUUCAACCCUAAGUCUCCAAAUGGGUUGCUAUGUUCACCAAGAACUCCAUACGGAUUAACUCCUCUUGUUAAUGAUGCUACAUUUCUUCAGACUGAUCAAAUUAAUCCAGUGUUAGAGAAGUUCUGGUUAAAUUCUGGAAAGAAAGUUUCAGAAGAUGGAAAUGCGGAUCACUUACUGGCAUUGGAGAUGGAACGCCGGGAGCGAGAAGAGCAGAGAUUGCGUGAACAGAGGGAAUUUCGUCUCCUACAAGCUCAAUAUGGCAUGGACAAUCAGGGAAAUUUUAAGGAACAGUCAAUUACCAAUAUGCAACGUGCUGUUUAUGCUGGUGAAAUGAGUGUGGCAGAUUACUACAAUAGACAAAUGGAGCUUUGCAUUGCAGAGCGUGAAGGCGUGGAUGAUGGCCAUUCAUGUACAAAAGGUCUGAUUCCUAAAAUUCGAGCUUUCAGCAUGGCUUCAGCAAAUGUUGAACAUACUUGGCUAUGCACAGCUGUUGAUCAUUAUGGAUCAACAUAUGGUGAUAAAGGAUGGGGCUGUGGAUACAGAAAUAUUCAAAUGUUACUUUCUGCAUUAGUUCAUAAUACAAAAUACAGCAAUAGACUCUUUAAUGGUAGGUUUGCCAUACCUUCUGUAUCCAAGCUUCAAGAGCUUAUUGAAACUGCAUGGAGACAAGGAUUUGAUCCUGCUGGUUGUGAACAGUUAGGUGGUAGACUAAUCAAUACCAGGAAAUGGAUUGGAGCAACUGAGGUUGUGACGUUCCUUUCAUCAUUUCGUAUCAGGGGUCGCCUUAUUGAUUGUCAUCAACCUACUGGACCAAAUGGCACUCACCCAGAAAUGUUUGCAUGGGUAAAAGAAUAUUUUACUAGUGAAGAUGAAUUUAAACCUCCAGUAUAUUUGCAGCAUCAUGGCCACAGUAGAACAAUAAUUGGCUUAGAAGAAUUACGAGAUGGAAAUUUACAGCUUUUAGUUUUUGAUCCUAGUCAUAGUAAAUCUCAAAUGGAGCAGUUCAACAGUACUGCAUUAAAUUCAAAUGCAAUGAGGCUUAUACGUCGCCCCCUAUCAGCAUUAAAAGCUCGUCAGUAUCAGUUAGUUUAUGUCGAUGGAAUCUUGGAUACUGAAGAAGAAUAUCAGAAUACCAAGAUUAUGCACUCUCAGAGAAUACCUCCAUCCAAUUAAAUUUGUUCCUGAAAUAAAGUGGUUUUGUUACAAAGCAUUUUUUUUUGGGGGGGGGCAAGUUUAAGUGACAAAUAAAUGCAUUUCAAAGGAAAAGGGCUGGUAGGAGACACUUUGUGGGGAUGAUGUCAUUCUACAUAGCAAGAUGUAAAUAAAUUGAAAACUUGUCUGCUGCGGUUUUAUUCUAAUAUAUUUUUAGUGAAAUUGCAUGAACCUAAGUGCUUCAUACAUAAUAACUGCACAGAGGUAACUAUUUUGAAUGCUAAAAGUUGUUAAAAACUGUGUUAAUAUUGUUCAUAUAAAUAAAAAAAAGGAAAAUGUAUAUAAAUAGAAAGAUUAGUAAUAGAGAGUAUAUCCUCAUGUAUGAAAAUUAUUUGUUCAUUUGUUUAAAUACUUCUAAGGUAUAGAUUUACUUGUAUGUUGGUUAUGUAGACCAUUGUAGGAAAAUAUUUUCUCCCAUACUUAAUGUGUAAGACCAUAUGUAUCCUCGUUAAGAAAUAUUCAUCUCUCUUAAGCUAAUUACCUGCUGUAGUGUAUCAGAGUUUCAGACAAAAAUUUACCAUUAGUGCCUGCUCAUAACUGGAGUAUGUAAAUACUUCUGGGUGUUAUUUGCUCUUUUUGCAAACCAUUUUUGCCUGCAUGAAUGUAUAAAAUACAAAAUAUUUCAAAUAUCCUCAGUAUCUUUAUUAAGGUAUUUAUCUCCAUAUUUGUAAACAUAUUUUUUAAUAAAUCAAUAUACAGUAAAUACUACUUAUUUUAUUUUUAACCAGCAUGAAUUGCUUUACAUUGUGUAUACAAAAAGCAGUAAAAUUAGAUUUUCAACAUUUUGUUUAGUUUUUUAAUUAUUUCUUUUUGUUUUUACAUGUUUGUGUAUUUAUAUGCUUGUAAAACGAUAAUAAGAUUUUAAUAAAAAAUUAAUUAAAUUUUUUGAAAAGAAAUUGAAGUAUUAUCCUAAUGUAUAAAGAAAGUGAGUUAUGAAUCAUAAUUGAAGAAAUAAAGGGUUUUAUUAUUUAUGGUAAUUUAAUUAUUUGUUUAUUUAAUUUUAAAUAUUGAUGUAUUUCAUGUUUUAAAUGCAAAAAAUUUCAAAAUAAGGAAUUUAAAUAAAAACUUUUAGUACUAUUUUUUGAAAAUUAUUAUAUUUGUAAUUAGAAAACUGCAAGUAAGAGGAGGUGAUUAAAUAAUGAGUAGCAUUUAGUUAUGGGGAUGUAUGUGGAAUAUAUUUGUACUGUAAAUAACUAUUCUUGAAGAAGUAUGAUAGUUUCUUAAUUAUCAUUUUUUUUUUUAAUUUUUAAAUAAUGAAAACUUAUUUAAAAUGCAUAAAUGUGUAUUUUCUUCAAACACCACAAGAAUAUUUAAAGACAAACUUCUACAUCAUUUGGAAUUGAUUAAAAUUUUUUUGUACUUAAUUAAAUCUUCUGAUAAAAAGAAUUAUUUAAUAACAAUAACUGAAAUUUUAUUCAUAAUUAUCAAAGGCUUCUCAAUACCAUAUUUUAUUAAAUCAACUUUAAGCAAAUUAGCAAGUUAAUGUCAUGUCAGGUAUUUAUGGUAAUUUAAAUAAAAUAUGUAUAAGUGAUCUAUGUGUGAAGAGUACCGGUGAUUAAUUCUUUUGUGAUGUGUGCUGUCAGGUAAUUUUGAAUUCUGAUUAGUGAAUCUAGUGUCCAUGUAAGUUUUAAGUUAUUUUUAAAAUUUAAAAAAAAAAAAAAAAAAAAAAACUAUAUCUUCUUCAUUAAAGAAAGUGUUGAAUUUUAUCAUAUUAAAAAAUUUCUGCCAUUAAUCAAUAUCAUUUUUUUUUUUUUUUUUUUUUUUUUUUACUUAGAAAUGGAGAGUACAUUAAAAGUUUGUAUCUACUGUAUAUUGAAUUUUUAUGAUCAUAUAAAUACUAAUGUAUUACAGGGUAUGAAAUUCUUGCUAUGGUAACAUUGUAUAGAAUGAAAACGUAUAAAGUGAAAUACCUUUUUAUUAUAGAUAUGUAAGUAUUAUGUUGUCAUUCAAAAAUGUAUUGAAAAGUUACAUAUAAAAUUUAAUUUGUAUGUAUAAUUUAAAAAAACUGAAUUAUAAUUAAAUUUUUGAAUAAUUACUUUUUAAUUCCCUCCCUUUUCUGUCAUAAAUGAAGAAUCUUUCUAGAAGUCUUGCAUUUAUUUACUUUUAGUUACACAAAAAUGUGUAAUUUUUUUAUUUUGAGGACACUUGAUGAAAAUAAUAUAAGAUUGUUGUGAGCUGUGAUUAACAAUAUCAGUGUUUAUAUUAUUGACAUAUAUGCGAAUGAAUUUCUAAAAGGUAUUCUUUUCCUGUGUAAAAUUAAGCAGAUCAUCUCAUGAUAUCUCUCCUUAAAAUUGAAUAUGAUGAGCACAUUAGUAUAAUCUGAAUAUAAAUAAAAACUGACUUUUGAUGCCAGAGGUUGAGAAAUACACAAAAGCUAUGCUUUGUAGUUUAUUGGUUGUUAGCAAGUAUGACUUAUAUAUUAUUGUUCAACAGUGAAUUUAUUUUGGAGAUACAAAAGAGGUUCAUAAUAUAACUUUAUUCCAUUUUUCUAUUAAGUUUUAAAGCCUAUGUCACUUCGCUCUCAAAAAAAAAAAAAAAAAAAAAAAAAUACUGUACUGAAAUUAACUAUGUCAAGGAGUAUUGUUUGAAAUAAUUUUGUAUAUAAUUUAUCUUAGUGAGACACUAAUUUCAAUUACUAUAAUUUUGCAAAGAUGUAAUCAAUGGUAUGUGCAAUAAGGUGCUAUAUACUUAAGAGCAAAACAGUGUAUGUAAUUUAAAUUUAUAAUUUAGGAUGUAGUAUUAACUUUUAUGCAUAGCAUUACUUUAUGUAUGAGAAGCAUUUGUUUUUUAUUGCCUAAUAAUUAUAUGGGAUUUGCUUUUCGAAAUCAUAUAAAAAUGUGCCAACAGCAUUGUGAUCAGAUAAAAUUAAUGAAAAUUUGAAAAUUCUAUUGGGCGUUAUUAUAGAGAUUGGUGAUCUGUCAGUGAAAAAUAAAUUUUAUUUAAUAAUCCCUCAAAGUAACUUUUUUCCCUUUGUCCUUGUAUGAGCAAUGUGUCAGGAGAGGAUAUAGGUUAUGAAGAUACACAUCAUAUAAAAUUUUUGUAUGAGUAAUAAACUUAUGAAUACUGCCAAUAGAUAAACUAUCAUAAUCAUAGCAACUAUUAAAACGUUAUUUAUAUUUAUGUAGAACUAUGCAAUUUUAAUUCAUAAUCAUGUAAAGCAUUUUUAAAGAUGGAUUUUUGGCAAAUCACAAAAGUGUAUAAUAUUUUAGUUCCUGAUUAGCUUAUCUUUAUGCUUGAGGAUUCUCCAUUUUGAUUAACAGUAAAUGAUAUUAAUUUUAUACAUACAUAAAUAAUACAUAAAGUUCAAUCAUCACAAUAUUUUAAUUAAUGUCCAAUAAAGCAUUUAUUUAAUACACACACAUCUAUAUGAAUAAGAAGUAAUGUUUAACUGUGUAUACAGUUUCAUUAGUCAUCAAUGAAAUAGUCAUCUCUAAAAAUUAAUAGUUUUUAAAGUACCAAACAAUUAAGCAAAGUAAAUAGGUGGUAUUUCAGUAGCUAUUACAGAAUAGUAAUCUGUUUAAUCAAUCAUCACAUUUAAAAGUAUUGAUAAUAUAUAUUCCUCUUACCCUAAAACUAUUUAUCUUGUCAUUAUUGUUCUUGGAGUGUCAAAUAAAGUUAUGCAAUCUUAAGAAUUAUCAUGUGUGAUCAUAUAUUUGAUUAAUUAAUGUGAAAAAUGAUUUAAAGGGAGAUGCAUGGCCACGUGAAUAAUAAUGUGAGAUUACAUUAAAAUUCUGUCUGAAAAUUUAUUAUUUUUUUAAGUUUCUUUAUGUAGUAUUGUUAUUACUAUUAUUAUUGGAAUGAUUAAUAUUGUACAGUAAAUCAAGCUGAAAUGUCAUUUCUAAAAAUAUUUUUUUAGUGUAGUAAAAAGAGAUCUUUUGUUUGCUGUAUUUAGGAAUAAAUUAUUUUUACUAAAUGCCAAUUUGAAUACUUGAUAGAAAUAAACUAAAUAUUAAUUGAAUAUUAGAAAAUGAAAUUGUUAGUUAUGUAGUAGAAGGUGCUUAAUACCAUUAUCAUAAAUCAACCUCUCCUUCAAGGAAAAAAGCUGUUUAAUUUGAGAUUGAAAAUUGCACAUUGUCUUUCUCUUAUUACUGCUAACUGCAAAUAUGUUUAUUUAUAAUGUUGUAAAUAGUUAAAUAUUUUUGUUUAUUCCAAAUUUGCAUCACCUGAUCUUAAAUGUGUGCCUUUAUUAAAAUACAUCUAAUGAUAUUUCUGUAAAUUUGUGAUAUUGUUUAUAUUAUUCAGUUAAUUAUAUUUUGUUUUGCAUGUAAUAUUUGUUUGUUUUUGCUUUAAAUUUUGUACAUAAGACCAUUAUUUAUUUGUACAUAAAUAUUUUUAGGAAUACUUCCUUUAAUAAUAUACUUUAUAUUUCAUUUCAGAUGUUCCAUAUUUUAAUUAUUACAUUGUAUAGCUGUUUCAAUUAUAAGCUUUAUAGGCACUCUGCAUAUUUUAUUCUAUAUUGUAAAUAAAAUAAUCAUGAUAAAUCUAGUCAGAUUGCUUUAUUGAGAUUGUUUUCUCUUUACAUUUUAAUGUAUAUACUGAUAUAUCAUCUGUGUGUUUGCCAUUUUAAUUUAUGUAUAUUCUAAGGCUUGUUAAUUAUGUUAAUAGUAACAGAAUAGUUUUGAUAUUUCUAUAUUUUAUUCUUUGUGCAGUUAAAUAACACUUUAAAGUUUUCAUUGUAUUUAUCAGUGAAAAUUUUCAGUGUGUAUUAAAGUAUAUAAUGUGAUAAGCAUGCUUGAUAAAUGGGCUUGAUUAUUUACUAUCACAAUUUUAUGUAUGUUGAAAAAUAUUUUUUUAUUUGUAAUAUUAAAUAAUAUUUCAUUUCAAGAUUUAUUUAAUGUUGAUUUUUCUCCUCCCAUAAUUUGUCUCAGAAACAUUUCAAUAUGCAUCAAGUAUACGUUAUUCCAACUGCACAAGACAAACUUAAAAACCUAGAAAUAUUUUGAUUAUUUUUUGUUAUAGUCUGAUUGAUACAUAGUUAAUGUAACUACACAGUUACAUUGUUAAUAUAUAAAUAGUGUUCAAUUAUUCUUGUCAACUUAUCUUCAUUAAAGGAUAGUUACUACACUAUAUCUUAUAUGAUAUUUGACAAAAAUUAUGCAAUUUAAAUUACUCACUUGUGUUAAGAUUUGUUGCAGUUUUAUUAGAACAUUCUUGUAUAGUUUAAAGAUAAAUUCAUACCUGUGUAAAAUGUUUUAUUAUAUUUUAUUUCAGUAGCUAUUACAAUGCUUAAAUGAGUGGUAUUUCAGAUUAUGUAAAAAUAUUUAUAAAUUAUCAAAACAUUUUUGUAUAAUACAUUUACUAAUAGUACAUUUUUGAAACAUUUAUCAAGAAUAUGUUUUUCAAGAAUUUUAGUAUAUAUUAAUUUUCAAGGAGUAUCUAAGAUUUUUACAAAAGUGUUAGGUUAUAGUUAUUACAGAUCUUUGUGCAUUCAGUUAAAACCCACAAUAAAGAAUAUUCAUAUUUAACCCUCUAUUUAUAUAAUUAUGUAUUUUAGUCUCUGAUUUCAUACACUUCCAUUCAUUAAAAUGAUAUUUACAUCAUAAAUAAAGAAAAAAAGCAGAAUAUUUUAAAUUAUACGCUAAUGUAUACAAAGUGACAGAAAAAAUCUCGUGACCAGAUAAAGGUGGUCAUGCCACUCAGAGAGUUAAUUUAAAAGUAAGAACUGCCAUACGUUGAGUAAAUAGUCAUAGAGUAAGCUGUAAGUGGACACUAAUUUCAUUUCAAUGUCAAAUAUGUCAGAGAAUUUUAACAGGGGAUUUAUUUGAUAUAUUUUUAUAAAAAUAAUGUUUCACUUAUUCAUAAAACUAUAAACUAUUACUAUAAAUAUCUUUUAAUAUGCUGUCUUAGCUAUUUUGUCAAAGAGCAGGUUAGUAUUUUAUGCUUUUAGUUAUUGCUAGCUUUACACUAUUUAUUUAAUAAUGUUGCCGCAUAUGAAAAUAUUUAAUCCUCCGAGUGGCACCACCGCUUUUUGAAACUGUUUAUAAAGACCUGUAAUUAAACAGCAUUCACUAGCUAAAUUUGUUUUAUUACUUAUUUUAGUCUCUGUUUUCAUAAAUUUCCACUGAUUCAAAUUAUAUUUACAUUGUUAAAGAAAAUAAGAAAACAAAAUAUUUUAUAUUAUAAGCUAAUAUUUACCAUUGUGAAAGAAAAUAAGAAAGCAAAAUAUUCAAAAUUAUAAGCUAAUGUAUAUAACAAGUGACAAAAAAACUCAUGAUUGGAUAAAGGAAGUUAUGCCACUAAGGAUUAAUGACAAUGGAUGUGAAAGAAUUUAUAGCAUGUAUUCUAGGUAUGUUAAAUGAAGUAAUAUCUCCUAAAAUGUUUAACGUCUUUGGUGAAAUUUUUAUUCUUAAUUAAUUUUUUUGUAUAAAAAAUGUAAAUUUUAAAUGGUGCCUGUAAGCAUAUAUGUCUAGAUUCAAAUAAAUUAAAUGAUAAAUUUUUAGGUUUCUUUAAAAUAAUAAAAAUUUCAUUUCAUUCAUUAACCUCCUCCCCCCAUUUCUGUUUUUGAAUUCUGUAAUGCUUUAACA